UUGAAAAGUCUGGAAUAUGCAUUCUUGAAUAUUAAUAAAUAUAUUUUAGACUAGUGGUGAUUUGAAUAAAGCUUCAAAUUCAAAACAUCUAAACUUGGAUCUUUGAGUGCAAUUGAAUUGAAUUGAAUCAGCUUGCAAGAGAAUUCUACAUGAUAUAAUAACCAAAGGAAUGACAAUUUAAUUAAUUCAGUGAUCAAUAGAUAGAUAGGAUCUGCUUGUUUAUUACAUUACUUCAUCACCAUGGCAAUGUUAAGCUUGGAACGAGACCCCUUUUAUCAAGCAAAAGGAGUACCAGAUGCUGUCAAGAUGAAUCAGCUGCAGAACUUGUUGCAUGAUGCACUCAUCUCAACAGAACACGUGUCGCAAUGUGCCAUCAUACGUCGUAAAGAUUGUUCAUUGAGAGCAGCAUCUGUUGGAUUUAAUCUCUUGAAUGACCAAAUGCAGAUGUUAAUAGAUGCUUUCAAGAAUCCUCCACAAACGAGAGAAGAGGGAAUCUACUUUGAGGACAAACCAUACAAGUGUGUGCGAGCUGACAAGAACUCCAUCUAUUCCAAAAAUGGCCAAAGAGGACUGAUCUUAGUCCGCACAGCUACACUUCUACUCAUAGCCACCUAUACUGAGCAGAUGUAUCCAAGUGUCUGUGUGGAAGCUGUGGAGAAAUUAGCCGAGUAUUUCAAGGAGAAAGGAAAAUAGGCCAAUGAAGAAAUCUCAAUAAUGUGUACACAAUGUAGAAGGGGGACUAGCGAUAACAAGCAUGAGAUAUGAAAGGAAUGAUAUGAAAAAACAAAGUGAAAUAUACCACAUUGAUGGGAAAUAGACCAUAUGGAAAUGAAAAGACUAUGGAACUAGAAAAACACUUCAAUAUUUGGAAGUAAAUAGACUAUGUGGUAAUUAAUAUGCAACAAUAUGUGGACAUUAAUAAAUGAACAACAAGAAAUUUGGACAUUUGGUAUGGCUUUUGGACCUUAUUUUGGUUGGUAUGGGAAAACGUUGAAAUUUGACAGAAUGGUAUGGGAACAUAGUGAUAUCUUAGGGUUCAGCCUAGG